AUGUCGUCAUCUGUUCCUGAUUACUUGGGAGAUAAAGAUCUGACACAAGAAACAAGAGAUCUGAUUUCUUCUCUUCCAAGCGAGAAAGGUUGGUUAGUGAGCCAAAUGUAUCAGUACCAAGGACGUUGGCAGACACAAGCUCUGUUACAAGGAACCUUGAAGUGCCAAAAGCACUUUGAAGCCAAAGAUUCCGACAUUAUCCUCGUCACCAAUCCUAAAUCAGGUACCACCUGGUUAAAGGCUCUUGUCUUUGCGCUCAUCAACCGACACAAGUUUCCAGUUUCUUCUUCUUCUUCUGGUAACCAUCCUCUUCUUGUUACCAAUCCACACCUUCUUGUGCCCUUCUUGGAAGGAGUUUACUACGAGUCUCCAGAUUUCGAUUUCUCCGAGUUGCCUUCUCCAAGACUCAUGAACACACACAUAUCACAUUUCUCGCUGCCUGAAUCCGUGAAGAGCUCUUCUUGCAAGAUUGUGUAUUGCUGCAGGAACCCUAAGGACAUGUUUGUCUCCUUAUGGCAUUUUGGGAAGAAACUUGCUCCUGAAGAAACCGCGGAUUAUCCUCUGGAAAGAGCGGUUGAAGCCUUUUGUGAAGGGAAGUUUAUAGGAGGACCCUUUUGGGAUCAUGUGUUGGAGUAUUGGCAUGCAAGCCGCGAGAAUCCGAGCAAGGUCUUGUUUGUUACUUACGAGGACCUCAAGAAACAGACCGGAGAUGAGAUCAAGCGGAUCGCUGAGUUCUUGGGGUGUGGUUUUAUUGGAGAUGAAGAAGUGAGUGAGAUUGUGAAGUUGUGUAGCUUUGAGAGUUUGAGUGGUUUGAAAGUCAACAGAGAAGGGAAAUUGCCAAAUGGAAUGGAGACUAAAGCUUUCUUCAGAAAAGGAGAGACUGGAGGAUGGAGUGAUACUUUGACUGAUUCCUUGGCAGAGGAGAUUGAUAGAACCAUGGAAGAAAAGUUUCGAGGUUCUGGUCUAAAAUUUUCUUGUUGA